UAUUAUCUUGCGCUAUCUGUUCCCCCAGCCGGCAGUAACCCAACUGUCGUAUUUCAGCGUGUACACAGGAAAUUGCAGGUGUGUCCCUGCCUGGGUGUGGAGACAAAUGCAUCCAGCCCUCUCUGCCACACACACUCCAGGCUGGGCGAAGCAGGAGAGGUCAGCAGAGAAUUAUCAAUACAUACAUAUCACACACUUUCAGUAUUCUAUCUUCACCACUUUUAGGAGACGUCCAGGUCUUCCCUACGACAGACACAAGACAAGUUCAGCAAAAUGAUGAACGAUGACAAUCAAGAUGCUUUUCGGAAUGUCAGUCGAAAGCCGGGCCUGCAGAUAUGGACCAUCAAUGACAUGAAAAUGGUCCCCGUUCCAGCCAGGGCCUAUGGCAACUUCUUCGAGGGAGACUGUUACAUCAUUCUGAAUAUAAGCCAGAGUAGAGGAUCGGUCCUGUCCAUUGACAUCCACAACUGGAUAGGAAACUCCUCCUCUCAGGAUGAGCAAGGUGCCGCCGCCAUCUACGUCACCCAGCUGGACGAGCAUCUGGGCGGGAGUCCAGUGCAGCACAGGGAGGUGCACGGCUACGAGUCCCCAAAGUUCAAGAGCUACUUUAAGAGUGGCCUGAUCUACAAGAAGGGCGGAGUGGCCUCGGGUUUUAACCAUGUUGACACAAACGCCUACAACGUCCUGCGACUGCUGCAUGUCAAAGGGAGGAAGCAUGUCACAGCAUCAGAGGUUGAGGUGUCAUGGAACAGCUUUAAUAAUGGAGAUAUAUUUCUUCUGGACCUUGGGAAAGCCAUUGUGCAGUGGAACGGGCCAAAGAGCAACAGGAGAGAGAAGCUCAAGGCAGUCUUGUUGGCGCAGGACAUCCGGGACAGGGAGCGAGGAGGCCGUGCUCAGAUCGGCAUUGUGGAGGGAGGACAUGAGACAGACUCUCCAGAGCUGAUGAAACUCAUGACUGCUACACUGGGCCAAAAGCCCAACCAUCUGAGGGACGCUAUACCUGACGACAAACACGACCAAAUGCAGAACAACCACGUUAGACUUUACCAUGUUUAUGAAAACGGUGGGAAUCUGGUGGUGCAAGAAGUGGCCACUCAGCCUUUAACUCAGGAUCUACUGCACUCCUCGGACUGUUACAUUCUGGACCACAAAGGCUCCAAUGUGAUGGUCUGGAAAGGAAAAGGGGCCUCAACAGAGGAACGACGAGGAGCUCUGAACAGGGCAAUGGGUUAUAUUAAAGCCAAAAACUACCCAUCCAGCACCCAGGUGGAGGUGAUGAACGAGGGAGCAGAGUCAGCCAUGUUUAAGCACCUGUUCAAAUCCUGGACAGAAAAGGGACAAACUAAAGGACUGGGUAAAACCUACAAUGUUGGAAAGAUAGCUAAAGUAGACCAAGUGAAGUUUGAUGUGAAGGAGCUCCAUGCGCAUCCUGAUCUGGCAGCACAGCAGCGCAUGGUGGAUGAUGCUUCUGGAGACAUACAGGUGUGGCGCAUUGAGAAUUUGGAAUUGGCUGAAGUAAACCCCAGCACAUAUGGGCAGUUUUACGGAGGAGACUGCUACUUGGUGCUGUACACUUACCAGAGAUCAAACCGACUGCAGUACAUCCUCUACAUGUGGCAGGGACGUCAUGCCACUAGGGACGAGAUAACUGCAUGUGCCUACCAGGCUGUCAAUAUUGAUAACAAGUACAAUGGAGCCCCUGUGCAGGUCAGAGUGGUCAUGGGGAAGGAGCCCCGCCACUUUCUGGCUAUUUUCAAAAGCAAACUCGUCAUCUUUGAGGGAGGCACAGGCCGACCUAGUGUGGUAAACCCAGAGAGAGGUCCCAGGCUCUUCCAGGUGAAAGGGACCACCGAGAUGAACACAAAAGCCACCGAAGUGACGGCGAGGGCGUCGUCCCUCAACACCAACGACGUGUUCUUGUUGAAGACCGAUCAGAUAUGCUACCUGUGGUAUGGAAAGGGCUGCAGCGGGGAUGAGAGGGUGAUGGCGAGAGCUGUGUCCGAUGUGCUGACCAGGCAGGACAAGCAGGUGGUGAUGGAGGGCCAGGAGCCUGCCGACUUCUGGGUCUCUUUGGGCGGAAAGGCCCCCUAUGCCAGCGAUAAGAGGCUUCAGAGGGAGGAGCCGUUUCAUAGUCCUCGCCUGUUUGAAUGCUCCAAUCAGACGGGCCAGUUCAGGAUGACUGAGGUGUAUGACUUUGCCCAGAGGGACCUGGAUGAAGAGGAUGUCAUGCUGCUGGACACCUGGGAGGAGCUCUUCUUGUGGGUUGGAAACUUAGCCAACGAGCAUGAGACCAAAGAGGCAUGGAACAGCGCACAGGAGUACCUGCGAACACACCCGGCCGGCCGCGAUCCCGACACACCUGUCAUCUUCAUCAAACAGGGACAUGAGCCGCUCACCUUCACCGGCUGGUUCAAUGCAUGGGAUCCUCAUGAGUGGAGUGGAGGAAACUCCUUUGAGGAUAUAAGAAAAAAGAUGAAUGAUGCGGCCUCUUUCUCACAGAUCAGUGUUGACCUGAGCAACACUGAGUUGAGUAAGGGUCGUACAGAGGUAGAUGGAGGUGGUUACAGGGCUCCGGGAGGCCCCAUGACUUCCCCUCCAGUCUACAGGUCUCACAGAGUGGGUAUGUCACCCAGAUCCUCCACUCCCACCAGCCCACUCUUCCAUAGAGCCCUGUCCUCCUCCUCCGGUAGCGGAGGGAUGAAUCUGGCCCCCGAGCUCCUCGUCAACAAGGAUGCAAGUGAGCUUCCACAGGGUGUGGACCCCAGCCAGAGAGAGGAGUACCUUUCUGAUGAGGACUUUCAACGCUUGCUCGGCACAACUCGCCUGGACUUCCAGCGCCUGCCGAAGUGGCGACAGAAUGACCUGAAGAAAAAGGCAGGGCUCUUCUGAGAAGGACCGCACGCCCGCAUUACACAGAAGCCAUCUUCAGCCUGCAGAACACAAGUCUUGAAAAUUCAACUCCUGAAACUAAACCACGGCAGCAUUCUGGUGUUGUUGGAAAAGGGGAUCGGUUUAUUUCAUUUUAAUAUAUUUGACAGUGAUCAAACAAUAUGUUGUGGUGAUUAUAGAUGUGAAUUUAAACAUUAUUAUGACAGUUAUUUAAAAUACAGUGUAAUUUUAACAAUGUGGCAAGUACUUUAAAUUCCAAUCUAUUAAUAAAUACAAGUGCUUUGUAACCAUCCAUAUUUGACAAUUUACGCAGAUCAAGUUUUCAUUGUAUUUUAUCAGAUAACACUAAUUACUUGAGCAAUAAACACAGAAAACGACCACUGGCUGAAGA